UCAUCUCCAGCUGCAGGUGAGUCCAAACCGGUGACAGAUGAACUCACAGCAGGACAACCUCCCUCAGAUUCACAGCUGUCUCUGAGCACUAAUGUCUGCUUCUGUUGUUGGUUCCAUGCAGCUCAGCAGAGGUCCAGACGGUCUUCAGAUUCUUCUUCAGAUCACCUCAACAGAGCCGAGAAGAUGAAGCUCUCCUCAGUCCUCCUCCUUCUGGCUCCAGUGUUGAUCAGCUGUGUAGACAUCAAACUGCCGGUGGACUGCUCCGACAUCCUCCAGCAGAACAAGAACCAAUCCAGUGAUGUGUACACCAUCUAUCCCAUUGGGUCCACAUCUGCUGUUGAGGUCUACUGCGACAUGUCUGCAGAGGGCGGAGGCUGGACGGUUUUCCAGAGAAGGCUGGAUGGAUCGGUGAACUUCUACAGGCCCUGGAACCAGUACAAGCGUGGCUUUGGAAAUGCUGCAGGAGAGUACUGGCUCGGUCUUGAGAACAUCUACCAGCUGACUCGCCUUCAGAACUAUGAGCUGAUGGUUGACCUGGAGGACUUUGAGGGGAACAAGAAAUUUGCUCUUUACUCUUCAUUCAGCGUUGAUGCUGAGUGUGAAGGUUACCGCCUGCAAGUCACUGGAUUCAAUAAUAAGGGGGGCAGCGGAGAUGGUCUUGGUUACCACAAUGGCUUUAAGUUCAGCACCUUUGACAAAGACCAGGACACAUGGAACAACAACUGUGCCAGAACCUACCUUGGAGCAUUCUGGUACGGUGCUUGCCAUCACGCGAACCCUAAUGGGGUUUACCGCUGGGGGGCAGAUAACACCAUCUUUGCUAUUGGUGUGGAGUGGUAUCAAUGGAAAAAUUAUAACUACUCCCUGAAAGGCAUCACCAUGAAGAUCCGUCCUAAAACAUAAGUCUGCCGGACAAACAUCGCAUCUCUUCUCUGCAUGAUCCAACAACAAUCUGAUCGCUUCCAGUCGGAAAAAUCCAGAUGUGGAUUCUGAGCUCCUUGGUUAGGUGGUGGUUUCAUGUGGUGCAUCUGAAAACUUCUCUUCUGCAUCCUGAUAAUAAAUUUGAAGCAAGCAGCUGGUGUGACUAACUGUGGUUACUUUGUGGUGGAUGUGGACCAUUUGUCCUGAGACAAAGUCCAACACGUUCUCACUCCCUACUCGUUAUGCUUGGUAAGGCUUCCUCUGCGCCACAUACCAACACAUCAGACUUUCCCAUCAGGUUUGGACGCACAGGGCCCUCUCAUUCCAUAUAAUAGAGCUCCCUAAACGAAUGUUCCGUCUUUUGAAAUAGCAAAUAAAAUGCUCUACGAUCCUUAACAUCAUCUGGUUUUUAUUAAAGAGCAAGUCACCCCCAAAUAAACAUUUUUUUGCUGAUAAACUAAAUAAACAAGUGUCUAAUCGUGCUGCAGACACGUGUCGUCAAUAAUUUGGCACUUCAGUGCAUCUUAGUUAAAAUUUAAAUAUUCUGCCUAAAACUGGCAGUGUUGUGCCGUUGUCAGGUAAAAACUCUGCACUGUAUUUUAAUUUAAAUCUGCCACCGCUAUUGGCUAAGAGGUAUGCUAUGAUGUAAACUGGCACAUUAUGAUGUCACAAUGCUGUCAUGAGCCUGU